UUUCAGUUUUACGGCAGCUGUACGUCUACCGUACAGCAAGGCAAAGCGUCGCAAUUGUGUAGAGGUCACGACACAAGACUAAGUUUUAUGGCAGCAAGGCAAAGCGUCGCAACCACCGUGUAGAGGUCACCACACAAGCGUGUAGAGGUCACCACACAAGCGUGUAGAGGUCACCACACAAGCGUGUAGAGGUCACCACACAAGACUAAGCAUGGGCGGCGACCACGGCCACAGCAAGAUGACUUUGCCUGACUGGCGGCAGUGGAAGGUGGAGGGCACACCUCUGGAGUUCACACAGAAGAGGUUGGCAGCCAGGGGCCUCAAGGACCCCUGGGGGCGCAACGAGGCCUGGAGGUUCUCUGGUGGUUUUAAGCAAGCUGUGACUUUCUCUGACGUGCUGCUGAGAGGAUUCAAGUGGGGCUUUGUUGCCUUCACUGUGGCUCUGGCUGUGGAAUACACCUUCUUCCCCCCAAAGAAGGGAGGCCACCACUAAUCUGGCUGUGGAAUACACCUUCUUCCCCCCAAAGAAGAGAGGCCACCACUAAUCUGGCUGUGGAAUACACCUUCUUCCCCCCAAAGAAGGGAGGCCACCACUAAUCUGGCUGUGGAAUACACCUUCUUCCCCCCAAAGAAGAGAGGCCACCACUAAUCUGGCUGUGGAAUACACCUUCUUCCCCCCAAAGAAGGGAGGCCACCACUAAUCUGGCUGUGGAAUACACCUUCUUCCCCCCAAAGAAGGGAGGCCACCACUAAUCUGGCUGUGGAAUACACCUUCUUCCCCCCAAAGAAGGGAGGCCACCACUAAUCUGGCUGUGGAAUACACCUUCUUCCCCCCAAAGAAGGGAGGCCACCACUAAUCUGGCUGUGGAAUACACCUUCUUCCCCCCAAAGAAGGGAGGCCACCACUAAUCCCAUUAAACCUCUUACUUUCAA